AUGGCACUCGGACACAUGAUCGAAGCCCUCCAGGCAGCCGUGACCUACUUUCAUUGCUUAAAGUCGACUUUUAAGAAGAAGGAGAAGGGGGUGUUGCAGGACUGCAGGAAAAAGCUAAAAAGACAGCAGAGGAAAGCAAACAAACGCAACCGCAGGCGAACGGCUCUCCGUGUGUUAGAAGGAAAAAUGCCAACGGACGAGGUGUCCAAAUUACAGAGACUGCUGCAAUCAAAUGAGUAUAUCUCGAGUGAGGAGGACUUCUCCGAAGAAGGAGAAGAUGAAAACGAGGCAGCCAAACAUUUCCUUUUAAGACCGUUGCCUUGGGGAUCAGAGUUUGUGGAUCGGCACUUCAAACGCCUAGAUGGACACUCAAGGCGGAUGUCCAAAAGGCAUGGCGGGCCUGCAUUCCUUGUCCGAACAUAUGGCCUGCCCAGUGAACGGAUGCCACCAUCAGAUGCCCCAGACUAUGCCUUACGGGCAUAAAACACCGCA